UCAAAAUCCCUGUACUUGUCAAAUUAGUUUAAAAUUUUAAGGUGUAAUGAACUGUAAGAAAAAUUUUAAUCUACUAUCCCCAGAUGUCGACGUGGUUACGGACGAAGAGAAGUGGGAGUCAGCAGUUGUCUCUCACAGACAUGCUCAUGUUUCCAAGAAAGUGGACGAUGUUUAAGAGAGAAUUUAGGAAAAGAUAUAGUACCAAGGACGAGGACACAUUACGAAAACAGAUUUACUUUCCACGGUACACAAUAAUUAAAGAGAGUCUUAAAAAAUACAAAGAAAAAGCAACACACUUUCGAAUUAAGGCUACUCAGUUCAGCGAUCUAACCGAAGACGAAAUAGAAACUCAUUAUAGACGGCAUCCAACUGACAAAAUUGAGAUCGUAGCGGGAAAAACUGCCGAAGAACAGUGGCAACUGUUCAAAAAACGAAUGAACAAGAAAUUUAAUUCACCAAGUGGAGAAGACAUUCCCAAGUUAUUUUUCUUUUUAAAAAUAAAGGAGCUUGCUGGAAGAAUAAAUGAACUUCAAAAAAUUGGCCUUACUAUUGAUACAAAGGAUAUAGAUCGUUAUUGUGACUUCCGUGACAAAAAUGCCGCUAAAACGUUGGUUGAAGAAAUUGAGAUUGCACAAAGCAGGAAAUACUCAGAUCGGUCAAGAAGAAAAAGCAGUCAAGAGGUUUCAAGCCCAGUGUAUUCUGAUGAUAAGAAGAGUGGCAGCUCAGCAUAAGAAAAAGUAG